AUGAACAAGAGUUCGGAUGGCCGUUGUCCGGCGUCCAAGGUGCUGGCUGCGCCCCCGGAGGAACCGGCUCCGCCUGCGGUGAAGCUUCCGCCACCGGUCGUGCAGGAGGUGUUCGACUCUCUCGCAAAGGACCCUCAGGACGAGAUACAGGCCCGUUUGGAGUCGAAAAGGUUGGAGCUCAUCUUGGCGAACCCGCCUUUAUUGCUGCAGAAGGCCAUGAAGACUGCAGGCCCAAUGAAGAUGCGUAUCGCCAAGGUGGAAGCAUCAGGGCCUGAAGAUGGCUCCUACAUCGUGUACUUCCACUGUGACUCUUCGGCGCGGGUCGAGCGCCGGCUGAAGCGAGCAGCUCCAGCGUUCGCCUGA